UAUUUCUCUCUCGCAAUCCCUUGGCGACUUCGUUCGCAGCCACGCACGCAACCCUAAUAAACCCUACCUCUCCUCGACCGCCGCCGCCACUCCACCCCCGAGCCCUCCAGAUCCUCGCCCCCGCCAGCGCUCCCCGCCGCCCGUCUCCGGCGAUCUACAGGAGUAGAUCGCCCCCGGAGGCCUCCCCGAUUCAACCAUGUCGACAUUUGCGAAGCCUGAGAACGCCCUCAAGAGAGCCGAGGAGCUGAUACAUGUUGGGCAAAAGCAGGCGGCGUUGCAAGCGCUGCAUGAUCUCAUUACAUCAAAAAGAUACAGGUCAUGGCAAAAGCCUCUCGAAAAGAUCAUGAUGAAGUAUGUAGAACUGUGCGUAGAUCUAAGGAAAGGCAGAUUUGCCAAAGAUGGCCUUAUUCAGUACAGAAUUGUCUGCCAGCAAGUCAACGUGUCCUCUUUGGAGGAGGUCAUAAAACAUUUUAUGCAGCUGUCCAAUGAGAAAGCUGAGGAAGCUAAGAGUCAGUCAAAAGCAUUAGAAGAGGCCCUGGAUGUCGAAGAUCUGGAAGCGGACAAGCGUCCUGAGGACUUGAUGCUCAGCUAUGUUAGCGGGGAGAAAGGGAAGGACCGAUCAGACAGAGAAUUUGUCACUCCAUGGUUCAAGUUCCUGUGGGAAACUUACAGGACAGUGCUUGAGAUACUGAGAAAUAACUCAAAGCUUGAAGCUCUAUAUGCUAUGACUGCGCACAAGGCUUUUCAAUUCUGUAAGCAGUAUAAAAGAUCCACAGAAUUCCGUAGGUUGUGUGAGAUUAUCAGAAACCAUCUUGCAAAUUUGAACAAGUACCGUGACCAGCGAGAUCGUCCUGAUCUGACUGCCCCUGAAAGCUGUCAGCUGUACCUUGAUACUAGGGUUGAACAACUGAAAAUUGCGACAGAACUUUCCCUAUGGCAGGAAGCCUUUCGAUCUGUAGAGGAUAUCCAUGGCUUGAUGAGCAUGGUCAAGAGGACGCCAAAACCAUCUGUUCUGGUUGUAUAUUAUGCCAAACUAACUGAAAUAUUCUGGAUAUCUGAAAGUCACUUGUAUCAUGCAUAUGCGUGGCUUAAGCUUUUCAAUUUGCAGAAGAGCUACAAUAAGAACAUAACUCAGAAGGAUUUACAGUUAAUAGCAUCUACAGUUUUGCUUGCUGCACUUUCUGUGACACCAUAUGACCAUAAAUAUGGUGCAUCUCAUCUUGAGCUUGAAAAUGAAAAAGAGCGUAGUUCGCGCAUGGCUAACCUUGUCAAUUUCUCACUGGACUCCAAGCGUGAGAAUAGAGAAACGGCUUCAAGGGCAUCUCUUCUUUCUGAGUUGGCUGCCAAGGGGGUGAUAGCUUGUGCUUCCCAAGAAGUGAAAGAUUUAUACAACAUUCUGGAGCAUGAGUUCCUUCCUCUGGAUCUAGCAUCGAAAGUAGAGCCACUGCUUGAGAAGAUAUAUACGGUUACAGGAAAGCUUUCAGCUGCCUCUACAGUUCCGGAGAUUAAGUUAUUGCAGUACAAAUCUGCAUUGGAGAAGCUUACGACGUUGAGGGUGCUGCAGCAGGCCUCUCGGAUUUUCCAGUCCAUGAAAAUUGAUAUGCUCGCAAGUAUGAUCCCAUUCUUUAAAUUUGAUGUUGUGGAGAAGAUCUCUGUUGAUGCUGUUAAACACAAUUUCGUUGCCAUGAAAGUGAAUCAUUUGUCUGGAGCUGUUCAUUUUGGCAACAUGGACAUAGAAUCUGAUGGGCUUAAUACUCACCUUAGUGUCCUGGCUGAUUCUUUAAGCAAAGCAAGGAGUCUCAUCCAUCCACCUAGGCAUAAGCCAUCCAAACUUGGUGAAAGUUUGAUUAGUCUCGCUGGAGUGGUGGAGAAAGAGCAUAAAAGGCUUCUUGCGAGGAAAUCAAUUAUUGAAAAACGCAAAGAAGACCAUGAGCGCCAAAUACUGGAAAAGGAAAAGGAGGAGGAGACAAAGAGGCUGAGUAUUCAGAAGAAAUCUGCAGACGAAGAAAGGGACAGGCUCUUGAAGGAACAAAGACUUAGGGAGCAGACUAGGAUCCGUAAAGAAAUAGAGGAAAAAGAGAUGAGGGAAGCACAGUCAAUGCUAGAUGAAGUUAAGCCAAGGAAGAAAGGAAAGAAACCUGUCAUUGAGGGGGAGCUUACAAAACAAAGCAUCAUGGAAAUGGCAUUGACUGAGCAGUUGAAGGUGCGCCAGGAGAUGGAAAAAAAGCUGCAGAAGCUUGCAAAAACAAUGGAUUACUUGGAGCGGGCAAAACGGCAGGAGGAAGCACCACUGAUUGAGGAAGCUUUCCAAAAGCGCCUCGAGGAAGAGAAGAUUCUUCAUGAGCAAGAACAACUGAGAGAAAUUGAGCUCAGCAAGCAACACCAUGCGGGUGAUCUACAGGAGAAAAAUAGACUUUCUCGGUUGUUGGAGCAUAAGAAUGCUUUCCAGGAAAAAAUUGUCCAGCACCGUGAAGCUGAGUUUAGUAGCCUAAGGAAAGAGAGGGAUGAAAGGAUUAAUCAGUUGAUAUCAUCAAGGAAGCGUGAAAGGGAAACUGUGCGGAAAUUGAUGUAUUAUCUGAACCUGGAGGAACAGCGGAUCCAGAGGCUGCGUGAGGAAGAGGAGGCUAGAAGACGUGAAGAGGAAGAGAAGAGGAAGAGGGAGGAAGUCGAGAGGAAAGCCAAGCUCGAUGCUAUUGCAGCUAAGCAGAGGGAGAGGGAGAGGGAGUUGGAAGAGAAGGAAAGACAGAGAAAGGAGGCUCUCUUAAGAGGGGCAGAGACCCCGCGCAGUCCUGAUGCUGCACCUGCAGCUGUUGCACCGCCAGCUCGUGAACCACCAGCUGCAGCUCCAGCCGCUGCAGCAGCAGCUGCUGCUCCUGCUCCUAGUAAGUAUGUCCCCAAGUUCAAACGUGGUGACAGCAGCAGCCAGAGGCCAGCAGUUGCACCUGAACAAGACAGGUGGGGUUCUCGUGAUGACCGUCCCCGUCCGGAUGUGCGUCCACUCCGCCAAGAUGCUCCUCCUGCACGCCAAGAAGCACCCUCUGCCCGUCAGCAGGAUGGUGCUCCAGCUACUACUGACCGCUGGCGUCCUGGAUCUAGGACCUCGACAAAUUCUUCAUCCUCUUCAUCCACCUGGGGGAGGCGCUCUUGAGGGGAACUUUGAGCUGCCUGUCCUGAGAUGUGCCCUGCCAGGUUGUUGAGAUUUUUGCCAUCCUUUGAGGCCGUACACAAUGUCUGCCUGUGAUAAUGUUUAGUAUGGUUGCUUGAAUUUGUCUGUUGCGCACAUGUUCCUAAAAUUUUGAAGCAAUGACUUCUAGGUCCAGUGGUACCUUUUUGAAGUUAUGUUUGAUAUUUCGAGGCACUGCUCCAUACUUGUCAUGUUGCUAUUUGUUAUGUUACUUAAAACUAUGCUACUGCUAGUAUUACCUGACGUAUCUUGCAUGCA